GGUAGUGGUAGUGGCGGCGGUGGUGGUGGUGGUGGUGGUAGGGUGAAGUCACGUAUAACAAGACGGGCAGCUCGUAUCAAUGUCAGUCGAGCACAGGCCAUCACUAGGACCGGACCCAAACACUCACCAGCAUGUGGACAGGGAUAGUGGUGAGGGUGGUGAUGGUGGCGCUCGUGACUGUGGAGGUUAAAGCCGCCACCAAGACUAGACCACUGGAGUCCACUGUGAGGGUACAACUCACACAGGGGGUCAUCACUGGGUCCAGGGAGGAGGCCACGGAGGGAAGGUACUUCUACAACUUCAAGGGCAUCCCAUACGCCCAGCCACCCGUCGGCAGCCUCAGGUUCAAGGACCCGGUUGCUGCUGGCGGAUGGUCGCAGCCCAGGGACGGCUCCAUCUCCCCUCCCUUCUGCCCCCAGGCGUCCUUCACGGCCUCUGUGCAGGGCAAGAAGGAGGUAUUGGGGAGUGAGGACUGCCUCUACCUCAACGUGUAUACACCCACGCCUCGUGCCUCUGGCCUCCCUGUGAUGGUUUGGUUUCACGGUGGAGAAUUCAGAUCAGGCGGGAGUGGCUAUUACCCAUCCCUGCCUCUGCUGACGAAGGAUAUUGUUCUCGUCGUCGUCCAGUACCGUCUAGGAGUCCUUGGUUUCCUCUCGACGGAGGAUUUGGUACUGCCGGGUAACCUGGGGCUGAAGGACCAGUUGCUGGCCCUCCGCUGGGUGCAGGACAACAUCGGUAAACUCGGAGGUGACUCAAACAAGGUCACCAUAUUCGGGGAGAGCGCUGGAGCGGCUUCUGCCCACAUGCAUGUGUUGUCUCCAAAGGCUAAAGGGUUGUUCAACCGAGCCAUCCUACAGUCAGGGUCGUCCUUGAGCCCCUGGGCCUUAAUGGAGAACCAUAAACAAGUGGCCUCCAAAUUAGGUGACUUGUUAGGCUGCUCUGCCGCUGACUCGCUGUCUUCUGCCAUCGAUAGCUACCAGCUGCUGUCCUGCCUCCAACAGCUUCCCGUCGACAAACUAAUCUUCCCACCCAUACCUGACCCAGUUGGGUGGAAUGGUUGGCUGACAGUGUUUUUGCCACGAGUAGACGGUGACAUCCUGCCUGACCACCCCGCCAACCUGCUGAGGUCUGGCAGAUACAAUAAGGUGGAUCUUAUCUCCGGCAUCACCCAACACGAGGGAUCACUCUAUAGUUCAAGUGUAGUGUUUGAAAAAGAAAAAAUCGACGAGAUAGAACAGAACUUCACUACAGCUGGACCAGUAUCCAUGUUUUUCCGGGAAUGGGAGGACGACCCAGAGUACAUGGCUAGUCGCGCUUAUUAUUACUACCUGGGAGAGAAAAAGAUCACUGAGGAAAAGGCUGAAGAAUUUACAGAGUUAUUAAGUGACAACUACUUUAGAGCGGCUCAUGAGGAAACUGCACAGUUCCACACUGCAUGGGAGGCGACUACCUGUCAUACAGUAUACAAGUAUGUACUGCAGCAUCGCGGCCAACACAGCAUCGCGGAUUUAGAAACACGUCAUCAGAACACAACUAUACACGAGAACUGGGUGGGACACGCUGACGACCUCCAGUACCUGUUCAAUGUGUUGCCCAACAUACAUCCGCCCCUGGAGCGUCCGGCAGACCUCUUCAUGAGAGAGAUUAUGGUCACGCUGUGGACCAACUUUGCCGCCACCGGGAACCCGACACCUGACGGCUCGCUAGGCUUCAGAUGGUGGCCGACGACCCAGUCACGUCAGUGGUACUUGGCCCUCACCACCUCCCCCACCAUGACGGACGACCUGCCCGAUAAGGAUUUGGAGUUCUGGAACAACAUGCCGACCAAGAAGAACAAGCUGCUGUAUCCUGAACGUUUCCUGACGAACCAAACGUGCCUCGUAUCGCCCGGGUGGUGAAGGUACCCCCACCCACCCGCGGCUGCACCACCCACAACAGCGUCGGGAUGUUCUUUAUUUACCGGCAAUAACUUCAUGAAGGAGAAAAAAUUAUAACUGAAUAAAAGUGAAGAAUUGU